CAAUCUUUUAGCCGCCAUAUCGGCCUGCCUUCUAGUCUACGUCAGACGGUGAGAGCUCUAUAGUUUACGAAGUAAUUUAUCUACUGAUAGCUGUUCCUCAGGUAAAAUACACGCCAUGGAAACCGUCAAAGCAUUUAAGUGCGAGCUAUAUUCGCUGAAUGAGUAUAGGCCUCCAAUCUCCAAAACAAAGAUGGCCAAGAUAACCAAGAUGGCUUUAAAGGCCAAGAAGUUCUACAAACACGUUGUCCAGAGUGUGGAGAAAUUUAUUCAAAAAUGUAAGCCAGACCACAAGGUUCCAGGGCUCUAUGUCAUUGACUCAAUCGUGCGCAAGUCCCGGCACCAGUUUGGUCAGGAGAAGGACAUGUUUGGCCCGCGAUUCAGCAGGAACAUCACAGCCACCUUUCAGGACCUACAGCGCUGUCCCUCCGCUGACAAGAGUAAGAUACUGAAGGUCCUGGCCCUGUGGCAGAAGAACGCCGUCUUCAGCAGUGACAUCAUGCAGCCCCUUUUGGACUUGGUGGCUGGUUGGAGCUCGCCCCCGGUUUCUGACGCUUCAGCCAUCACAUCCAGUAGCAUGGACCCCGCUGAUGCCUCCAGCCUAUGCCAGAUUGCGGGGGCCCCACCCACAGUAGCCAGUACCGGCCCAGCUGAUGCAGAGCAGAGCUACCCAGGCCAGGCCUUGCUGAUGAACAGCGCCGAAACCAUCAACUUCGUGAGGCACGUGCUGGAGAGUCCUGAGGGGCAGCAGUUGGUCCGGAAUCUUCAGCUCCAGCAGAAGCGGAAUCCCCAGUGCUCUCUGCUCCAGUCCCUCGAUGCUGGCCUGGUGGUCCAGCUGCAGGCCCUGAGCUCCAAGCUCAUGGUGGGUACAGACCCCAGGGUGCCCAGCACCCCCGAGUGGGGGCCAUCCUCUGUUAGCAGGCUGAUGUUGGAGACAACAGAAGGAUCUGGAAAGCAGGAUGCCGGAAAAGGUUCCUCCCAGCCUCAAACCAUUUUGGAGCCUAUAGCAAUGUGUCAGUCCCCCUCUUCAGCUGAGAAGCGGGACCUGGAUCACAAACAGAAUCACCAGCCUCCUGAGACAUCAUCUGGGGUGGCUGUGCCUUCUGAGAUAACCAUCCAUCAGGAGCCAGUGGAGGCUGAUGGUAGAAUGUUCUGUAAGCAGCUGAAUCAGGAUCCAUGUGAGGACGACAGCACUAUGGAAAGAAAGACAAUGGAGUCUAAGAAUGAAGCAGCAGGAAACAUGAGGCAGCCGUCUGGGUUGUGGAGCAGGUUGCGGUCUAGGUCUCCAAGGAAACGGGGGUCAAGGUCUCUCUCGGGCUCCUGUAAAUGUGAGCUCCGUGACUGGUCAACCUCUUCUCCUGGGGAAUGCAGUAGAACAUCUUCAUGCUCCUGCUCAAGUGAGCAAUGCACCUAUGGGCGAGAAAGUGGGCAGCGGCAGAAAGAGCUGCCCCCAGUCCGCCCAAGAACACUAAGUGUGUGCAGUUCGACACUCCGUGUGAGACGGCUUGGUGGCCUGCUCACUGAGGAGGACGUUGCCAGUCUCUGCGAGGAGUUCGGCCCCAUCGAAUCCAUUCAAAUUAUUGCACCUGGGGACUGUGCCCAUGUCUGCAUGGUGCACAGAGCGGAUGCCCACCGUGCCCUGCAGGAGCUGCGUAUGCGGUCCCAUGAGAUCGGAUCCCCUGCCGUUGCUGUCUCCUGGGCUCUGAACAGGGGGGUGAAGCUGGAGUAUCAUCACCAGUGGGAUGAAGACCUGGGGGUGACCUACAUCCCCUGGGGGAGUGUGAACCAGCACGACCUGGCCAGACUGGCGCAGGGAGGCGCCAUCGACGGGGAGACUGUGGACAGCGACUGUGAGAUGGUCCUCCAGAUGGCAUCGUCCUGGGGGCCUGAGGGACACGCCCCUGUGAUCUUGGAGCCUGGAGCCCACAGUAACGCUCAGGCCAUAUCCCCUGGAGAGCCUGUUGCCGAGGCUCCUAUGCAGGCUCCCCCAUUACCAGAUUCUGGUCUUCCACGGCUGAGCUGUGCCGCCCCCAAGACCUUUCAAGAGCUCCCGUCUGCCUCUGCAGUGCCUCCAGUGGCCUCUGGUCCCCCAUCCAAGUUGUCCUCAACCCUGGAGAUCUCCCAGAACAGUGUGGACAUGGUCACCACAGACUCUGCAGUCUAUGGAGCAGGGACCUCAUACUCCUGUCUGGACACAGACCCUCAGGCUGCUGUCGAGCCCAAUGGCGCCACGCAGGGGACGCCACAAGGGGUGCCGGCCUCCACACAGUACAGUGUGGGACUCCUGGGCUCGUGUCCGUCAGUGUUCCUGCAGCAGACAAACAUGGGCCUCUUGAAGGUGCCCAGGGCCCAACGUAUGGUGGGCCCACCAGGGGUGACCCGAUGGCCACUCCUACCCCCGGAGCUGCACGUCCCCAGCCCUGCCCCCCUUAGUGUGCCAAGAGGGUCUAGGAGGCCCACCUGUUGGCCAGGCACUCGGCCAGCCAGUCCUGACAUUGUGCCCAUUGACAGCACGAUUUGGGGACAUCGCUUGCCUAAUUGCAGGGCCCGCAUCAUGGCACCUGCAAACCUCCAUAGUAGGAGCCCCUUCCUGGCAGACUGGAGGAAACACUGGCCAGGACCACCCAGGGGAAACUUGGAAAUGCUGGAGAUGGGAGGAUCUCCCUGGGUGGGGCCCAGAGGCUUUCAGAGCUGCCGCCCACAUCCUUACUGUUAUAUCCCAAAAUGGUCUGAAGAUGGAACCAGGGGAGGAAGACGAGGAGGAGGAGGAAGAUGGCCGGCCAGAGGUCUGGUGGGUCGACAGCUUGGGCCUGACAACUGCCUGCCCAGAACAGGGUCAGAGGGGGAUGAUAACUCAGAAAGCUUGUAGGACAGAGAAUGGGAGCUGGAUCAAGCAAGGAUGAUAGAGACCGCAGCAUGUAGGGGGAGAACAGAACCUGACGAGUGGAGCGACUUUAUCCUCCCUGGGAAAACACCCAGGAAGCAGAGGCCCGCAGUGACUGGAAGAGGGCGUGGCCACUAAGGAGGCGCAGCCAUCACUCAGUAGGUAAACGCCAAUAUUCUGAUGCUUUAAAAUAGGUGAAAGAGUGACCUCUCCUCCCGAAAACUCAUUUGUUCAUGUUUUUGUUGAUGUGUAGCCUCUGGAUUAAAUGGCAUGUCACUGUCACUGAGGUUAAUAGCAAAAAAAAGAAUGUAAUUCAAAAGUGAGCAAUGACAUGCUUUGAUUUUUUGAUAUUUAUGGAUUAAUUGGGCUGUUUAAAAUAGGAUGUGAUAUCAAAUGCUGCCUUCUUGUGGCCAUUUCUCCCUUUUUUAUAUUUCCUGAAGUUCGCUGAGUUUCUGCUCUUUGUAGAGAAAAUGCAUUCCUCAUUUAUAUUGUGAUUUACGGUCAGAAUGGUGUUGCAUUUCAGUUUAAAGAUUAAAAUAUGUCAUCCCCAUCAA